AUGGCGGAGCUUAUGAACGAAAAAGAGCGCAUAGAAGCUGAGCUGUCAGCUUACAGCAGCGUAUUAACAUCGCAAGGUGUCACUAUGGAUACGAGCUUGACGACCUUUGACGGUUAUCCUCGCGACGAUAUCGAUGUGGCGCAGAUCCGCACUACUCGGGCGAGGAUAAUACACCUUCGCAACGACCACAAGGAAGUCAUGAAACAACUAGAAAAGGGCCUACAUGCACAUUUUGAAGCCCUACAGAACGCGCAAGAUUCGUCUACGACCCCCAACGGAGCUACAACGCAACUAUCACAACGCUCAUUACCCACACAAAACGCAAUCACCGAGACGCCAUUUGCAAAAGUGAAUAGCGUCGCGCCCGGCAGUCCGGCCGACCAAGCCGGUCUGAAAGCCGGAGACGUCAUCCGUAGUUUUGGAACGGUCAAUUGGGUGAACCACGAGCGGCUGACAAAGGUUGGGGAGGUUGUGCAGCAAAAUGAAGGGCGUGCUGUCGUGGUGAAAAUCGUUCGGCAGAACGAGUCUGGCCUAGGUAUCAGAGAGCUGAGUGUCAGCCUCAUACCGCGACGCAAUUGGGGAGGCCGUGGUCUUCUGGGAUGCCAUUUGGUGCCUAUUCAUAGGCACCCCAACGCGAUUUAG